CAAGACUCAAGAAAACGUUAAACGAAAACAAAGAAUGACGCUUUGAUCUCCAGACCUGGACAGUUCUGCUUAUAUCAAAGUGCGGGGAUUUGUUUCAUCUCAUGUGUUGGAUACAUGCGCUACUUGACGAGAAAAUUAAAAUGGCGAAAAAAGUAAAAUAAAAAAUCUUAAAGAACCGAAUAUGAGGACUAAUUCGAGAGAAAUAUAUUUUUCUACGGAGUCAAUGAGCGACUAAGUAGCUGUUAUAUGUGACAUUAAUUGGACUUCCAAUCGUUUUCUGUGUAUUUUAAGCGUUUUUUCUUUUCCGGAAAUUAGUUUUCGGAAGUGACUGUUGCCUUUAGUUACAGGGUGAGUCGGGUAAUAUCAUUAUCUUUCUAUGUUAAGGCAGUAUAGCAUACUUCAUUAUUAUUGGUUAGAUCGUGCUGUAAAAACAGGGUACGUGUCCAGUUUAGAGUAAAAAAACAUUAAAAUCGGAUAUGAACGGGCAUCAGUCCAGUCUAGCGGAUUGUCCGACUGGAAGUGUGUGCUCUAUUGAAGGUUUGCCACCGUUACCCAAAGGAUUGAGUGGCAUCUUAAACUCAAGCGGGGGUUCCUGGAGGGACAUUGAGAAAGUGUACAGCAAGAGGACGCGCAUUCAGGCGGACAUCAGUAAGUCCCGAGUGAGCGAUUCGUUCGGCCGCAGUAAACCCGCAAGCCUUGACGCAGCGCUGGCCAUGCUGCGCAAAGAGAUGGUGGGACUCAGACAGUUGGACAUGUCCUUGCUGUGCCAGUUGUGGUCUCUAUACGAGUCCAUACAGGAAUAUAAAGGAGCUUUCCAGGACAUAACCUCUUCUUUGUGUGAGAGCUCCUUCAACACUGAAAACGGCUUCUCUGAAGAUGAGGAGGAGGAAGAUGAAGGGGAGAGUGGGGAGACACUGUUAACCCUUCCUCAGCCCACUCAGAAUUCACGGGAUCAGUGGAUCAAAGACUCUUUUCACAUCCCAAUUUAAAUAUUCCAUGUCAUGUGUGCUCUCUAUUAUUAUCUUUAUCUAUAUAUGAUAUGACAGACAUAGCCCCAAUGUUUGAAGGGUCCUAUAAGCAUCUAAUUGAAAGAAGGCCUUCAUUACCUUAGGACACUAUUACGAUGGUGAUUGUAAGUUUGUUUCAAAGGAAGCUUGGAAAAUAGUUUUUUCACUGCCUGUUAAGUCAUAAUGACCAGAUGUGGUUUGACAGGAAGAGGAUGUUAUUGCCAGAAAUAGUGUUGUCUAGGGUGUGUUUUUUUUCUACACAUGAUAAAGGGUGUAUAUGAAGUUUCACUCAACUAUUGUGUGAAGAACAGUAUUAAAGACUUGCUUACAUACUAUUCUCUUAAGUCACAAUUUCACUAUUACGAAUGUAUCUAAUGUUUGCAUCAUCACUUGUCUAUUUUCUUUAUCACCACCUGCAUUUUUAGAUGCUGUUUAAAUUAUUAUUUUAUAACAACUCUGUCUUUAGUUUGUAAGUUGAACAUUGAAUGUAUUCUUCCUUUUUUUUAGAAAGUGAAAAAGUAAUAAAGCAUAGCUUACCAAAAUGUAUAGCUAAAUGUUUUGUUGUUUGAUAUUUUAUACACCAACAACUUGUUUAUUACAACAACAGGAGCAGUAAUUUAAAAAAAAAAAAAGAAGAAGCUGUCUAGUGCAGUGAACAGUACAUCAACCAUUAGGUGGCACUCAUUUUCUUCUAAAAGUUAGUGUAAAAGUGCUGUUUUGAGCUUGCUUCUAGAAUAUCAGUUUUAUGGGAAAGGACGUAUGUGGAAGUGUUUCCUGCAUUAACUUGGGACUUUUUAGAGCAAAAUAAAUUUGUCAGGUUAUUUUCUUAGU